AUGAAGAAAACUAUAUUGAUCAUCGGCGGAACAGGUGCCCAAGGUGUACCUGUUGUCAAAGCCUUGGCCUCUGAUGCAAAGUAUAAUGUGCGUGUAAUCACGCGAAACGCUUCGUCCAAGGAGGCCCAAGACUUGGCAACUAUACCUGGAGUGGCAAUCCACGAAGGAAACGCCUACGAUGAGAUGACACUUCGUCAGGCUUUCAAGGGCAUCAACGGAGUCUUUGUCAACACAAAUGGACUUGCCAUCGGGGAAAAGGCUGAGAUAUACUGGGGCAUCCGACUUUAUGAACUGUCCCGAGAAUUCGGCUUGGAGCACUUUGUAUACUCAAGCCUUGAGUAUGCAUCAAAGCUUGGCAAUUUCCAAUCCAAGUACCGGUGCUUUCUUGAUGCAAAGGGAAAAGUGGCUGAUUACAUCUCCGCGCAGCCAACAGCCCCAAUGGCGUGGUCGGUGUUGACGGCCUGUACAUACAUGGAGUCUUUGACCGAGCUUCUUCGACCAACUCCUGACCCCAGCGACCCGACUACGCUUGUUUUUGCCGCCCCUCUUGGGUCAGCGAAAUUUCCUCUUCUGCACCUUGAAGAUUACGGAAAAUAUGUUCGAUGGGCCUUUGACACGCCGGCUCGCAGCAAUGGCCUCAAUCUGCACGUUGGUACAGAGGACGUCAACUGGAGCGAUCUCGCGGCUACGUUCACUGAAAUGACAGGUAAAAAGGCGGUAUAUAAAGACUUUACCCUGGAUGAAUACUUCAGCCGAGGAACUGUGCCAGAUCCAGAAAGGAAGGUUGGCCACUCAGCCGAUCCUAACGAUUCCACUCUGCUCACCUACAGGGAAAGCUACGGCGGGUUCUGGAGUUGUUGGAAGGAUGAGUUGAGUAAGAGAGACUAUGAUCUGUUAGACGAGAUCUUGCCGACAAGAAUUAAAUCCGUCCGAGAAUGGAUGAAGAAGACGGGGUACUCUGGAGAAGCGAAAUCAGUCCUCAAAGAUUACAGAGAUAGAACAGUGAUGCGCAAAGUUAGUAACAUGACAUAG